AAUUAUUUGUUUUCGUUAGGCAUUGCGUGGAAUAUUUGACAGGUCAAGUAUGGAAAGCCUACGAUGCCUAUUUUAUCGUACUUCGCACAGAAAAUUCUUAUUAUCCACGAGUUGCAGAUAUAUAUACAGCAAAACUGGCAUUUGGCCUGUUGAUAGAGAGUUGACUUUAGCAGUGAAGAAAGAGGCUGAAGCAUAUUGGAAAAAAAAGUAUUCAGAAGAAAAGGAAGACCUUUCCUGUAAUUCAAAAGCAACCAAGAAAUAUGUAUUGGCUAUGUUUCCAUACCCAUCUGGCAAGCUGCACAUGGGCCAUGUCAGGGUAUAUACCAUCAGUGAUUCCAUGGCCAGAUUUUACCGACUGCGAGGGUGUAAGGUUAUUCAUCCUAUGGGUUGGGAUGCCUUUGGACUUCCGGCUGAAAAUGCUGCCAUAGAAAAUAAGGCAAUGCCAGAUGAGUGGACAUAUACCAACAUAUCUCAAAUGAAGGCCCAGUUGCUUGACUUGGGUUGCAAAUUUGACUGGGAUUGUGAAUUUGCUACAUGUGACCCUAGCUACUACAAGUGGACCCAGUACAUUUUUCUACUCCUCUACAAAGCAGGAUUAGCAUAUCAACAAGAGGCAUUGGUGAACUGGGACCCAGUAGACCAGACAGUUUUAGCCCAUGAGCAAGUAGAUGAAAAUGGUCGAUCUUGGAGAUCUGGAGCCCUCGUGGAGAAGAAAUAUCUGAAACAGUGGUUCAUUAAAACAACUAGGUUUUCCAAGUCACUUUGGGAUGGACUGUCUGAUCCUGUUUUGGAAUAUUGGCAAGAUAUCCCCAAGAUUCAGAAAAACUGGAUUGGCGAGUGUAGUGGUUACCGAGUGGAGAUGUGUUUGUGUCAUGAUAAUAAUGAAUUACUAAAUGACAAACUUCGUUUGUGGAUGAGCCAUCCAGAAUAUAUACAUGGGAUCAGUUUUAUAGGAGUCAGGUCAGACCAUAGAUUUAACAAAGAUAUAUAUUUAGGGCAGAAGGUGGAUAGGUACCAAAUUCUUAAUAUCAAAGCUAGAUGUCCCAUUACGAAGAAACUGAUACCAGUGAUAGUGUGUGAUGAGCUGCCAUUUUCUUCUGUAUUGGAAUUCUAUAUAGGCAUCCCUUCACUCAAUGAUACUGACCACAGUUUAGCAAGAACUUGUGGCUUUGAUGUAACAAGCAUAAUUGAAGAUGAUUCUUUGAAAAACUCAGGAAUCUUGGAUGGCCUGUCGGGUUUGGAAGCAAGGGAAAAAGUUGUACAAGAAUUAUUUAAAUGUAAUGCUGGUGGGUACCAGACAAGUGCCAAACUGCAUGACUGGUUGGUAUCAAGACAGCGUUACUGGGGUACUCCUAUUCCUAUGAUUCACUGUCCUUCAUGUGGAACUGUUCCUGUUCCAUUUGAGGAUCUUCCUGUGAAACUCCCAAAGAUAACUAAGUUCUUUGACAAAGGUUCAUCACCCCUGAAGGAUAACGCAGACUGGAGGUCGUGUCAUUGUCCAAAAUGUGGUGGGUCUGCUGAAAGGGAGACUGACACAAUGGACACAUUUGCAGAUUCGUCUUGGUACUUUCUUCGUUUCUUAGAUGCCAAAAAUGAAGACAGACUAUUCGAUUAUGAUAAGCAAGCUUCUGACAUGCCAGUCGACUUAUAUGUCGGUGGCAAAGAACAUGCUGACUUACACAUGUAUUAUGCUCGUUUUAUCCAGCAUUUUUUGGCAAGUGAAGGCCUUGUCAGCCAUCAGGAACCUUUCAGGCGAUUAGUAGUUCAAGGCAUGGUGAUGGGUCAAACCUACAAGGUGAAAGAUACUGGUCGCUAUCUGAGAAAGGAGGAAGUAGAUUUUUCUGUUGAUCCACCAGUGGAACUUAGUACAGGCGCUUCUUUGGAAAUCAGUUAUGAAAAAAUGAGCAAAAGCAAAAAGAAUGGUAUAGACCCGCAGAAUGUUUUGGAGGAGUAUGGUACUGAUACAAUGAGGCUCCUUAUGAUGGCUAAUUAUGCUCCUUUCUCUCAAAGAAACUGGUCAGAAGAAACGUUCCCAGCUGUGCUUGGUUGGCAGAAUCGGGUAUGGUUAACAGUCACAGAGUUUGUUGUUGCGCGACAAAAAGAAGGGAAAGAUCAGUCCAGCGUCUUAAGUGAUGAUGUCACAAAUCAGCACAAACAGUUUCUCUGGGAGAGCCGAAAUUACUCUGUUCGUGGGGCAACUUACAAUAUGCAAGAAACCCACCAAAUCAGUACAGGCAUUUCCUUCAUGCAAACACUGACUGCUAGUAUGAGGAAAGUGCCCAAGUGUAUGAUGGUACAUGAAGAAUUUGAGCUUGCUCUGGCUGCUCAGAUAAUCAUGUUAUCUCCAAUAACGCCCCACUUAGCAAGUGAGUUAUGGGCUGGAUUCUGCAGUGUGGCUUCUUCAUCACUCAUAAAAAAGGAUGUGCCUUUAUUGGAGCAGAGUUGGCCAGAAGUUGAUCAAGAAUAUAAACUUCCCAUGAGAUGUAUGAUGCUUCCUUCAAAGACAGUGAGUGUCGUGCACAUCCCAAGGAAGGUACUUGACAACCUAACUGAAUCCGCUGCAGUGACAGCCAUAAUGAAUGACAAAGAACUAAAAGAAUUUUUAGAUGGCAAAGCCAUAGAUAGUGUAAAAGUGGAAAAUAUCACACCAGGUAUUUCAGCCACUUUGAGUGUCAAAACCAUUCUCACAAGAAGCAAGGAGGAGCAACGUGAGAUAAACAGAAAGAAAAAACAAGAAGAAAAACUAAGAAAAGAAGAAAAGAGACUGAGAAAAGAAGAGAGGAGAUUGAGAAAUGAAGAAAAGAAACUGAAAUAUGAAAUGAAAAAGAAGCAAAAUUUAAAAUUUAAGAGUGAGCAGUGAAUAAUCAACAUUCAGAACUUUCUCAUAUUAUAUUGAAUAGAAUUUUGAUAUGAUGUUUUACAAAAUUUAUUAGUUUACACAAGCACUGUGAAAACAAAGUGAAAACUAAAGUGAUUUGGGCAGUAUGGGUAGCUUGCAAUUUUAGUAGCCACAAAGACUUACCAUAAUAAGUAGAAGUCAUGUUUUUUUUGCACUAAUGAGAAUUCAGAAGAGAAGUGUUAUGCAUAUUUCUUAGAAAAGUAUUUUUUAUUGCAUAGAAGCUAUUGGUUUGAAAAAGUGCUGGAAAGAUAUUGCAUAAGACAGACUGGCUACUAAUUAUCUUUCGCAUAGCACUGAAACAUUCUUAUGCGAGUAGCACUGAGGAUCAAAAAGAUCAGAGAAGCCAGAAAGUUGACACACAAAACUAGCCAGAUAUUACUUCAGUGGUAAAUGCAACUCUGUGAUGAUUGUGUUAUCAUCCAUUUACAUUUGUUGUUUUGAAGAUGUGUGAGUUUAAUGGAUAAUAUAAUAAGCUUACCUGACAGUGUGUCAGUAGAUUUUUUUAAAAUAUCGCAGUGGUUCUGUCAUAUUUGAUUUAGUUAUUACCAUAAAGCUUCGGGAAUCAGGUGACUGAGAAGUUUUUAAUUUAUAAUGAACUUUCUAGUCAAGUAUUCACAUUUUUCCUACCAAGUUGCAUUGCUGUGGAUACUAUCUUCUUGUUGGCAGUGUUGUGUGAUCAUGAUAUAAAUCUUCUGAUGCAGUGUAAUUAAAAGGAUUUUCCAUGAAAUUAUAUCAUUUUUGUUUUGCAGUGGAAUGCUCAACAUUGUCUGUAAAAUAUUCUUUACCUGCACUUUACAAAUUGUAAUUGAAAGAACUUAUAAUUGAGAGCAUUUAAUUAAUGACUAAGUCUAGCUACCUUGUGAUACUGUAAGAACUCAAAAAGUUAAGGAAAUUCUGAAGAUAAAAGUUAUUUACAUCCUGUCAAAAGUAAUGAAAAUUAUGUAAAUAGAUGUAAAGAAAUGUUAUUAGCCUUUAACACUUGAAGUGGUUUGCAGGUGUUUGAAAUAGUUUAUGUAUAAAUGCAAAACUAUUUUUUUGUAUUGUUUCAAAGAUAAAUAUUUAAACAAAAUAAAUGUACAGGACCUUA